AAGCACUAGCAGGCCGGGUCAGACUCAGCAUCAGCAAAAAGCCAAAGCCAUUCUUGCAUGCGUUCCAAAGCGCAAGCGGCCGGCCCAACCAUGAGGCUUCUUCCCGCGUCGGUAGCGCCAUUCCUGCUCCUCCUCUUCCUCCUCUCGUGCCCUCGCAGCGUCUACUCCGGCGGCCAGAAGCACUUGUCCUCCAUACUCAGCUUCGGCGACUCGUACGCCGACACCGGCAACCUGGUCAGUUGGGACGACCCCGUCCUUCAGAGCGUCAACCUGAUCAGGAACCCACCCUACGGCGAGACGUUCUUCGGCCACCCGUCAGGUCGCGCCACCAAUGGCCGCAUCGUCCUCGACUUCAUUGCCGAUGCGUUGGGUCUGCCUUUCGUGCCGCCGGUGCUGUCCAGAGGGGAGAACUUCUCGACGGGCGUAAACUUCGCGGUGGCCGGAGCGACGGCUCUGAACCUGACGUACCUGCAGGGGCAGAACAUCACCGUCGACCUCCCGAUCAACAGCUCCCUGAACGAUCAGCUCCGGUGGUUCGAGCAACUGAAGCCAUCGCUUUGCCGCCGCAGCAGCAGCACACAUGGAGGACGAUCGUCCAGCGGCUGCUUCGGCGAGUCUCUCUUCAUGAUUGGGCAGUUUGGAGCAAACGACUACCGCAACAUCCUGAUGAACUCGAACAUGACCUUGGAACAAGCGAGAUCGUUUGUUCCGGAAAUUGUCAACACAAUUGCAACUGGUGUCGAGAGGCUGAUCCAUCACGGCGCCAAGUACAUCGUUGUGGCGGAUAAAAUCCCCUUCGGCUGUAUGCCCGCCACACUAUCGAUGCUCCAAAGCCCCAACAAGGGUGACUACGACCAGUACGGCUGCCUCAAGAGCUUCAACACCCGGCUGUCGCAGUACCACAACGCCCUUCUCCGGGGACGCGUCGACGUGCUCCGGAGAAGGUACCCGCACACAAGGCUCGUCUUCGCCGAGCACUACCGGCCCGUGGUCAUGUUUCUGCAGGACCCCGAUCAUUUCGGUUUCAACCGCAGUACAGCUCUGGUGAGCUGCUGCGGAGGCGGCGGCCCGUACAAUCAAAACUGGAAGGCACCAUGCGGCACGCCAGGAGCCACCGCGUGCGCAUCUCCCUCCAAGGCCAUCACCUGGGACGGCUUCCACCUCACCGAGUCCGCUUACAGUAGCAUCGCCCAGGGAUGGCUGCACGGGCACUAUGCUGAUCCGCCGAUUCAACACCUCCUUGACGACUGAGCCAGUCAUUUAGUUAGUAGUAUAUUAAAAAAAAUUGUCGAUUUUGAGUUCUUCCAGUGGGUUUCUUUUCUCUGUAAAACAGUCAAUUUGUGUUGUGUACGUAAUGAUUUCACACGAAAAUAAUGGGAGAAUAGUAUAUUCUAGAUCUG